UUUUGUGAAAAUACUACACUACUACGAUUACCAGGAACUUAAUUUGUUAGUGUAAUAGUUUUAUUUCACAUACACAGGGACUUUAUACGAAUAGUGACAAAGGUUUGUAACUCCCGACAAGGGAAAAAUCUAACGUAAUUUCUAAAUAUGUGUGUUUUGAUAAUCUAGGGACCGCAUAAUUUAAUGAAUCCUACAUUACCUUUAAGAGAAAUAUUUUAACUUUCCAGUGAUUGUUUGAUUAACAUGACUGACCAAGAAUUGACCAAGUUAUGAUCUAUUUCAGAAAUAAUAAUAUAUGAAGAAAUUGCUAGGUGGAGAUUUCCUUGUGCAGAUGAAACAUGCUCUUGUCUCCAAUAAGUACAUCAAUAACUAUGCCAAAAUCACAAAAUUUUCCCUUGCUUCGGUAUACAAUAACCAUAAUUGUGUCCACACAGAAUUCACUUUGAUGUUGUUAUGUUUCAUAUGUUGCAGCAGGAACGUAGAUCUACGUCCCUGGUUGGAGAAAUUCCAUAUCUACAUCAAGGUGUUACAACCCUUAUCACGAAAAUACAUAUAUAUGGCCCAUGGGUCAAGAUUCGUGCCAAGUCUCUGUGUCUUGACAUAGAAAUAUGAUACUAAUGAAAUAAUUUCCUGGUAUUUUACUGUAGCAGUGUAAUAUUUUCACAUAAAAAGGUCCCCAAGACCGGUGGUCUGUGAUCUUAUCUAAACUUAGAAUCCCAAUCUUUGGUCUGUAGCAAUAAGUUUGACCACUUUCAUUCUUCACAUAUAUAUUCGAUUUCGUUGUGAUUGCGCAUGGAAAUUACACAAAAAUAUAACACUGGCUGUGAUAUAUGCUGGGAUGACGUUGAAGAUGCAGAUGGAUAUGGGUUCAACUUGGCAUCUGAUGAUAUCCCGUUCAUUGUGUUAGGGAAGGAAGAAAAGCCAUGUGUGCAUGUACAGGAUCCUCGUAAAAGAAGUCGCAAAAGGAAACUAUCGAGUGAAGAUGAUCAUGAAUAUGGUGUGUCUGACAAAACUGAUUGUUUAGCUCAAGUAACGAUAUGCAAGGUUAUCAAAUUCCCUCAGUUUAAGAAUAAAGAAAAAGACAAGAACCAGAGGACAAUUUUGUCUGAGAAGCUGCAGAAAGAAUUUACAAAUAAAUCUACAAUAAAAGAGUACAAAGUAUAUGUAAGGAUGCCAGAGGAAGAUGAUCAUAAUCACCCUCCUGCUCCUGAAGUAGCAACAGAGAAGCCUGUCAAGAUUGCAUUAGAAGAACUGCUGAUGUCACUGCCAAAGAAACUGUUAGCAGACAAGAUAAAACAGGAGCCAGCAGAGGUCAGUAAAAUUGGUAUUGAGAGUAUGGAGGUUGCAGAAGAAGAGGAAAAGAAGGUAGAGGAGUUUGUGGAACCCAGUGGUAUUGAGAUAGAGAUCACUGAUAAUGGAAAAGACGCAACAGAAUAUUUAGACUUUGAACCCACUUCUCCAAGGAACAUUGCUGCUAGUGCAUUGGCUUCAAUGAACACAGGGCCAACAGAUAUAAUAUCUAAGUCACCUCCCUUUCCAUCAGUGUCAUCACCCUCCAAGUCCCAAAAUUCCACAACGUAUGCAAAAUUAGUUUUGUUAGAGUCACCAAACCAAACUGCACGAUAUGUACUGUUAAAAACACCACAGGAGGAGAUGGUACAAGGAGUGUCAAAUUCUCCAGCACUGGGACGAAAAUUCAAGUCUCUCCAGUCACCUGGAAUAAGUGGUACUAAAAGCCAGGAAGAGAAAUUUGUACAUAUUGAUCAGCAGAGGAAAAAAGUGCCAUGGAAAGGGAUAGAGGGCAGUGUAGCUGUAUCUGAUAACUGUUUUUACACUGAUGAUCGAAGUGUUAUGGAAGAAUGCAUAAAGAAAUAUGAAGAGGACACAUGUAGUAUAUUCCGUUGCAAUAAAACUACAAGGAUUGUAAAUUUAGAAAUAACAGAGGUGAAGUGUUUGGACAAUCAUCGAUUACGAUGGGUUCCACUCUGUGAACAAUGGAAGCCGGCUGACUAUGUGGCUGACAACGUACCCUACUUGGUACUGGGAAGAGAAACUCGAAUGUGUCGCUUCAAUGGAAACCCAAAUAUAAAUAGAGUAAAGAAGAAAAAGUGGUGUGUGUUAUGUAACAAAACUCCGGAGGAGCAGAAGAAUUGCACUGAUGUCUGUACCUGCAGGCUUCGGAAAUCCGAGAAGACUCUCAAGAAACAGCCAUGUCCUGCUUUGAUCUCUAUACAUUAUAUCAUCAGAUUUUUAGAUUUCAAAGCUGAUACAAAAAAGAAAAGAGUAGGAAUGGUUAAAAACCUCAGAUGUGGUUUGGAGUUACUAGAAAAGUUGAAGAUGAGAAUUCGCCAAGAAAAGCGCAUAUAUGUGACUGUGCCCAGUAUUGAAGUUCAUCAAAAUCAUCCCAUUUACAUUUGUCCUAAGCUGAAAAACCCUUGUUGUCCGUGCUACAGAACAGGUACAUGUGGAACAUGUGUUUGUAAAUUAACUGGAUGCUCAAGAUGUAACAAUAAUGCAUGUCGCUACAGGAACCAAGAGGGUAGUUUUAAACCAAUGAGACAAACCAGGAUAAAAAAGGAGAAGAGAAAAAAGAAAACACCAUAUGCUGCAAAAAGUAUUCGUAACACCCGAAUCAACCCAGAUGAAUUAUCCCCAAAUGAACAACUGGAGAGAGAAGCAGAAUUAGAAACGUAUCAAGAAAAUUCUGUUGUCCAUAAAGUACAGCAGGAAAUAUUGGGGAUGUCGCUGGAACAAACACGUAGUGCCCUGCUCAAGAUGUUAGAAGAUGACCCCUUCCAUGUGGAAGCCUAUAUAAAUCCUGACCACGCCCCUUACCACCGGGUCCAGAUAGACACGCCCCCAAUAUGGUGCUCCUGUACUCAGUGUGUUGAAAUGCAAAACAGCCAGAUGCAGAUGUGUUGCUCUCAGACACCUUGUAUCAGUUUCCAUCCUAUAUUCCGCAGCGUGUGUCUCCGGCCUGACCACCUUCUCAUGGGCCUACUAGACAUUGGCCUGCCCUCUGAAAGUUUUGCAGAAAUGGGCAGUUUCUCCAAUGCCCAAUACAGACGUCAAGCGUAUCGCUGCUUCAUCUUAUGGCAGUGGAAUAAUCUUGGGAAAGGUGAUAUAGAGGUACCAAAACCUCCCAGUUGUGUGGUUGCGAGAAUCAGAUGGCGCUACCCUUCCAUUGACAACCAAUAUAGUGAUACAUUCUCGCCUGACAGUGACUUUGAGGAAGCGAACAAAUGAAGUAUUUCGAUCUGUGAAAAAAAGCAUUGAGACAUCCCAACUUUUUGUGUGAUGAAAUCUAAGGACAGGGUCACCUGGCUUUUUGUGUGUGUGUUACUGGUAUCAUGCUUUUUUUUAGAUUCUAUGUUUGUGAAUUAAAACAGUGCGGCAAACGUUUUGUUAUCUACGUAUAUGUGACAAAUGUACUCGCUCAUUCCUCAAUGGAUAAGUAACAAAGCUUUCUAUUUGUUUUCAAUCUGUCCAUUUUGUCUGAAUUAUUAACACAGGGUUAGAAUCAAUAAUAUACAUGCAAAAUAACUUGUGAUAUAUAUCACUGUGUUCAUGAAUUGUCUUACACUGCAUGAUGAUGUUGCAAUUUUGAAAAUUGACAAAAACUUGAUACUUUUUAAAAAUGUCCAUAUAGAAUAAAGCGUCAAUCUGUUCUUUUUUCUUAUGGAAUUGUAUAGAAAAUUCAUGUUAUGGAACUGAUUUUUAUUGAUUAUCGGUGAGUUUAAAUGCUUGGUCAUUCUGGAAAACCUUAAUUAUUCUAAAUUCAAAUAAAAUUGUGUGCCCUGUGAAUGCAUGGUGGUUUAAUGUAAACAGUUCCUGACCAUAAUUUGCUGGUAAAUGUGCUACUAUGUUUUACUGGAAAAUCAACAAAAUACAUAAUGUACCAACAUAUUGUUAAGGGUAUCAUGUGUUUGUAGAUUUCUGUGUAAAAGUAACUUUAACUUGCAGUGUAUGCAGUGAAUAGUUGAAUAAAUCUUAAAAGUUUGGAAA